AUGGGAAAACGAAAAGCUAAUAAAAGUGAAGAUCCUAUCGACUCGCCAUCUAUGGAUGUAUCUGAGGAAGAAGAAAUAGACUCUGACGAAGGUGUUUCUGACGGGGAAGAAAAUGCGCACUUGGAAGAGGAAAUAGUGGAUAUAGACUUUGACUUUUUUGACCCAAAACCGAUAGACUUCCACUCAAUAAAGAAUUUGGUGAUUCAAUUAUUUUCCGCGGACGCUGAACUAUUUUGCAUUAGCGAACUCACUGAACUGAUUAUUAGUCAACCAUUAUUGGGUACCACUGUAAAAGUUGAUGGUGCAGAUUCAGAUCCCUAUGCAGUUCUUACAGUUUUGAAUAUGAAUGAACAUUCAGAAAAAAAAUGUAUAAAAGAUCUAGUUACAUAUUUAUUAGACAAGACAAAACAAGAUUCAGUCUUAAAUGACAAACUUGAUACGUUAUUAAAAAAAGAUUCCAUAGAACAUGUUGGAUUAAUAUUAAGCGAAAGAUUAAUUAACAUGCCAGUACAAAUUGUACCGCCUAUGUAUAAAAUGUUGCAAGAGGAAAUUCAAUGGGCUGUUGACGAUAAUGAACCAUAUAACUUUGAAUGGUACCUUGUAUUGUCUAAAACUUAUCAAGAAGUAAUGUCUACUUUGGAUGACGAAAGUAAACCAAGUAAAAAACAAAAAAAGAAAAAAGCAAAGGAUGAAAUCAUUGAACAGAACGCAGACUACCAAUUAAAUUUCAAUUUUACAAAACAACCAUCAGUUUCAGAUUCCAAAAGAACUUUUUCAAAUUUUGGCAUUGCACCUGCUAUGAAGCUGUUUUUAAUUAAUAGGUCAAAGUUUGACAAUUUGAUUCGAGAUUUAGAAAAUGCUUGCAAAUAA